AUGGGUUGGGGACAGGACAGACGUAUUUUGGAGAGCGACGUCUUGGACUCGGGAAAUCCCUCGCUGGAGUCGCCGUGAACCGAUUGUAAAACUACUUCCCUGGGACAGACCUGCCUCGAGCUGCUGUAGAGUCUAGAUCGCCUCAAAACCUAACCCCAAGCCAUGGCGGACCCGAGCUUCAAGACGUGGACGGUCACGGAGCCCUACGUCGACCUCCACUGCGCCCUCGGCGAGGGGCCCUACUACGAGCGGGAGACCAACAGCGUCCGGUUCCUCGACAUCAAGAGGAACCGGCUGCACUCGGUCUCGCUCGACGAGGGGCCCGCGUCGCUGAAGACGACGGAGCUCGACGUGCCCAUCGGCGUCACGGCCGACAUCGACGGCGUCAGCCCCGCCGUCAAGAUCCUCGUCGGGCUCAAGUACGGCAUGGCCACCCUGGACCGCGCCACGGGCAAGUACGAGUACCUCUCAAAGUUCGCCGACGACACCGGCGCCGACGACAAGCGCCUCAGGGGUAAUGACGGCGCCGUGGAUCCCCACGGCCGCUUCUGGAUCGGCACCAUGAACGACUUUUACCUCGACGGUGUCUGGCCCGAGGGCUUCCUCGUCCGCUUCGACGGGUGCAAGGCCAAGCAAAAGGUGCUGAGCGACCUGACCAUCCCCAACUCGGUCGGCUGGUCGCCCGACGGCAAGACCAUGUACUUCACCCACACCACGGCCGGCACCAUCCUGGCCUGGGACUACUCGCCCGUCGACGGGUCGCUCUCCAACGAGCGCGUCUUGUACAAGCACGACGGGCCCGGCGGGCCCGACGGCUUCCGCGGCAAGGUCACGGGCAAGAUCGCGCUGCCGACCAACAACGUCACCUGCCCCGAGUUCGUCGGCACCGAGCUCUUCAUCACCACCGCCGGCGACGACGACGGGAGCGAGGAGAGCAAAAAGUACGCCGGCGGCCUGUUCCGCGUCGACGUAGGCGUGGCCGGCGUGCCUCCAUACAAGUUCAAGAUGGAUGCUUGAGGAGUCGUGACUGACUGUCGAACGAGCUUCGAGAUGGGCAGGCUCCUCAUGUAAUAGAAUACAUAGGCCGUUUAUCCAAAGCGAUUUAUCCAAAACGAC